UUCCAUCUGAAAAAAUCCUUAGAGCUGCAAAGGUUUUACGGAAUGUGAUACUAUCCCAAGCACCUCACAUGAUUAGAGACCGGAAAUACCACCUGAAGACCUACAAACAGUGCUGUGUUGGCACAGAAUUAGUGGACUGGAUGAUCCAACAGACACCUUGUGUUCAUUCCCGCCCACAGGCUGUAGGCAUGUGGCAGGUGCUGCUUGAGGAAGGAGUCAUGAACCAUGUGGACCAAGAGCAUAAUUUCCAGGACAAGUACCUGUUCUAUCGGUUCCUGGAUGAUGAACAGGAGGAUGUCCCUGCACCCACAGAUGAGGAGAAAAAAGUGUGUGAGGAGGAGCUACAGGAAACUAUGCUUCUGCUUUCUCAGAUUGGGCCAGAUGCACACAUGAGAAUGAUUUUACGCAAACAGCCAGGACAGAGAACAGUCGAUGAUUUGGAAAUCAUAUAUGAAGAAUUAUUACACAUUAAAGCCUUGUCACAGCUGUCUACCACAGUAAAGCGAGAGCUUGCUGGUGUUUUGAUAUUUGAAUCUCAUGCCAAAGCAGGGACAGUGUUGUUUAAUCAAGGAGAAGAGGGCACUUCAUGGUAUAUUAUCCUCAAGGGCACAGUGAAUGUUGUUAUCUAUGGCAAGGGAGUAGUCUGUACGUUACAAGAAGGGGAUGAUUUUGGGAAGUUGGCUUUGGUGAACGAUACUCCAAGAGCAGCUUCCAUAGUGCUUCGUGAGGACAAUUGUCAGUUUCUACGUGUUGAUAAAGAAGAUUUUAAUCGAAUCCUUUGCGAUGUUGAGGCCAAUACUGUGAGACUCAAAGAACAUGGACGAGAUGUGUUGGUUUUGGAGAAGAUACCAAUGGGUAGCAGACCUUCCAAUCAGGGAAGCAUACAGACACAAUACAAAUACAUAGUGAUGGCAGGAACUCCUGAAAAGAUAUUAGAGCACUUUCUGGAAACUAUACGCCCUGAUUUGCCUGCUAAUGGAAUGACAGGUGUCCCUCCACCAUGGUCCCUGACUGAGAGGAAGGGUGAGGUUUUUUUGACAGAUCCAUGCCUUGAUGACUUUGUUCUGUUGCACUGCAUUUUUAUGCCACACAGCCAGCUUUACCCAGCCCUAAUGGCUCAUUACCAUGCAGAAGCAUUGCAAGGUACAGAGCAGGAGAAAUUGGACUAUGCCCUCAAUAACAAGAGAAGGGUCAUCCGCCUUGUCCUACACUGGGCAAAGGUAUAUGCAGAUCUCUUACAAGAGGAAGACAGUGCUGUUGCAUUUCUUGAAGAGUUCUAUGUGUCUGUGUCAGAUGACUCACGGAUGAUUCCUGCUUUGAAGGAACAGCUCCCAGAAUUAGAGAAACUGGUAAAACAGAACUCAGAAGAUGGAAAUGGAAAGUCAUCACAGAAAAAGCACAAAGUUAUUUUGCGUCAGUUCAGCAUUGGUGAGGAUAGGCUCCAAAAGAGACAACCAAUAAGAAGUAUGGAUGAAAUACUCUUUAAGGUUUACUGCAUUGAUCAUACUUACACCACAAUCCGUGUGCGUGUGGCAGCUUCCGUAACAGAGGUCAUCAGUGCUGUAAAAGAUAAGCUUGGAUCAACAGAAGACCUAAUUCUUGUGCAAAUGAGCUCAGCUGGAGAAAAAGUGGUGCUGAAGCCAAAUGAAGUUUCGGUUUUUACAAUGCCAAAUGUGAAUGGGCGCUUGUUUGUCUGUCCAAGGGAAAAAUUUGAUUGUCUGACACCACUGCCAGAACAGGAAGGCCCAUCCACCGGAACUAUGGCAACUUUUGAGUUAAUGAGUUCUAAGGAUCUAGCCUAUCAGAUUACGAUUUAUGACUGGGAGUUGUUCAACUGUGUAUAUGAGCUGGAAUUGAUUUAUCACACAUUUGGAAGACAUCAUUUCAAGAAAACCACUGCCAACCUAGAUCUAUUUCUUCGAAGAUUCAAUGAAAUUCAGUUCUGGGUUGUAACAGAAAUCUGCCUAUGUUCUCAGCUCAGUAAAAGAGUACAACUUCUGAAGAAGUUUAUCAAGAUUGCAGCUCAUUGCAAAGAAUAUAGAAAUUUGAAUUCCUUUUUUGCUCUUGUAAUGGGACUGAGCAAUGUAGCUGUUAGCCGUCUCUCUCAGACCUGGGAGAAACUUCCCAGUAAAUUCAAGAAAAUCUAUUCGGAAUUUGAAAGCUUGAUGGAUCCUUCCAGGAACCAUAGGGCAUACAGACUUACUGUAGCUAAACUGGAGCCACCAAUCAUCCCCUUCAUGCCUUUACUUAUAAAAGACAUGACAUUUACACAUGAAGGCAACAAUACACUCAGGGACAACCUCAUCAAUUUUGAAAAAAUGCAUAUGAUUGGCAACUCAGUAAGGACAGCCAGACACUGCAGAAGUCAACCCUUCAAUCUAGAUUCAUCACUUGCAAACAAGAACCAUCAGGAUGUCCGUGUAUAUGUUCGACAGCUUAAUGUAAUUGACAAUCAGAGAACUUUAUCACAGAUGUCUCACAGGUUGGAGCCACGGCGAUCCUAAUAGUUUUUCACGAUUGCACUGCCAUAAAAGAAAAUAUUUAUUGAAUUUCAGCACAAUGGGCGCUCUGUGGUUUGUAAUAUUAGAAGUAAUUAUUGAAACUGGAUGAUAAGUAUUCAUUUCAGAGGAAGACCAUUCUGAAUGCUUUAGCCCAUGUUACAAUUAUUAUACCUGCCUUUUCCAGGAUUUGAAAUUCAUACUGUUUCACAAUGACCAAAAUACCUUCAUUAUGUUAUUACAUUUGGAUAAUUAAAAGAACACAGUUUUCUUUUAUCCAGAUUCUUGUGUACAAUGCAGAAGAAUUUGUGCCAAGAAUUUCCCUAUAUGUAUUUAAGCACACUGAGUUGAUCCUUAAAUCUUUAAAACAAUUUACAUUUGUUCAGAUUCUAUAAGCAGGUUGCUUUUUUGUUUCAAAAUGAUGGCACAAGAUAUUUGAUAUUUUUACCAAUUGUUGCCUCUUUUUAAGGUAUUUCUAAACUUUCCACGUUAGAUCAAAACUUGGAAAACAGCACAAACUGCACAAGAUAAUAUUGUUGAACUAUUCCAGCAUUUCUUGUAACUUUUUUGUUAGUAUUGUAAGCAAGCUUUAAUCUUUUAAUAUAAAAUCAGUGUAACAUCUAAUUCUGACUGAAUAUAGGCAUUUCCUGUUUGCCUAGAAGGUGCGUCCUCAAAGUAUUGGUUGUCUGAAGCAAAUAUUGACAUCAUGGUGUGAAAGCCUGCUGUGCUUGUCAGUAACACACUUGUUUAAUUAAGCACCACCCAACUAAUUAACCUCGAGCACACCCCUGACACCACAGUCUUAUUGUUUUUAUGAUGGUUUGUAAUUUCUGCUGUCCCAAAAAGUAACUUUCAACUAAACAAAAUUUGAUUUAGAAAUUGCAAAAUGAGUCCAGAAUGUGCUAAAUUCACUUUACAAAAUUGCGAUCACAUCUGUCCAUCCCCAUCCCUCUUCCCUCAGGGAAGCAUGUCCCCAGACAUUUGAAAAAGGUAUUAAACAUCAUGCUAUCGUGACACGCAUCCAUACUAUUACAGAAAUCUGGGAACCCCUGAAUGCUGAUUAUUUGUUUUAGCACUGUUGAGCAAGUAUAAAUAGUUUAUUUUAAAUACAGGCUUGCUUAAUACAUUUUGUCAGUGACAGUUCUAUAAUUGAUAAUGUGCCAAAAGUGUUGCUGUUUUUAACUUAUUGUUUCAAUUUAAUUUAAAAGUUUACCCACUGACUAUUACAUCAAGUUACAUUUUUGUUAGAGUUCAAAUUUUCACUGCCUUGUAUUCAUUGUCUAUAAAUAAUGUUAUUACGUGUACAGUGACUAAACGUCUCUAAUGUUCACACGAGUAAAACAGAUGUUACAAUGUACACAGUAUGGUAUGUUUCCCCAAGUCAAAUAAAAAUU